UGGAUUAGACUGUCGACAGUUACCUUCUCACUAUUCCAUAUAGUAGUUGCACACCUCAAUCAUACAAUACUCCAUUAAAUUACUUACUUAUUUCUUUCAAAAACUGGGUAAAUAUAUAUUUGGAUUCCAGAGAAACAAAGAAAAAAUAAAAAGUUAAAUAGUUAAAUAUAUAUUUUGAUUCGAUUCCCAUUUUCUAGUGUUAAACUCCACCAUAUAUCUCCACAUUGUGCACGACGUUGUUUCAAUCAUCUCCGAUUCAAAUGCUCGGCAGUUCAAUUUCCGGCGGCCGUACUAACGUCCGCGUUGUCGUCGUCGGCGACCGCGCCACCGGCAAAUCAAGCCUCAUUACCGCUGCCGCCACUGAAACUUUUCCGGAGGAAGUUCCACCGGUGCUUCCUCCGACUCGACUUCCCGCCGAUCUCUAUCCUGAUAAUGUUCCUGUCACGAUCAUUGACACUUCCUCAAGUUUGGAGAGCAGAGGUAAGGUUGCUGAAGAAUUGAAGCGAGCUGAUGCUGUUGUCCUCACAUAUGCUUGCGAUCAGCCUUCUACUCUCAAUCGCUUGACUACUUUCUGGCUUUACGAGUUUCGUCGCUUAGAGAUCAAGGUGCCGGUAAUUGUUGUUGGCUGUAAGCUAGAUAAGCGAGAUGAGGAGCAUCAUAUGAAUCUAGAGCAAGUGAUGGCUCCAAUCAUGCAACAGUUCCGCGAGAUUGAGACUUGCAUAGAAUGUUCUGCGGCGAACCUAGUUCAGGUACCUGAAGUGUUCUAUUAUGCUCAGAAAGCUGUACUUCAUCCAACAGCUCCACUUUUUGAUCAUGAAACUCAGGCUCUUAAACCCCGUUGUGUUAGAGCAUUGAAACGGAUAUUUAUCCUUUGUGAUCAUGACAUGGAUGAUGCUCUCAAUGAUGAAGAGCUUAAUGAAUUUCAGAUUAAGUGCUUCAAUGCUCCCCUGCAGCCUGCUGAAAUAGUGGGUGUCAAGAGAGUAGUACAAGAGAAGCUACCUCAAGGUGUAAAUGACAUGGGGCUCACAUUGACAGGCUUUCUUUUUCUUCAUGCACUUUUUAUAGAGAAGGGUCGACUCGAGACAACUUGGACCGUGUUAAGGAAAUUUGGGUACAAUGAUGAAAUUAAGCUGAAGGAUGAUUACCUUUCAAUACCUUUCAAAAAAGCUCCUGAUCAGAGUCUGGAGUUGACCAGCGAAGCAGUGGAGUUCUUGAAAGGGGUCUUCAGCACAUUUGACACCGAUAAAGUAUACUCGGGCACUGUUUUGCAUUUUGUCGUAUAUGUGACUGUUUUUUUUCCAUGUAUUUAAUAUGACUUGAUAAUAAAGGGGAUAAUGUUAUGCGUUCAUUGUUGGUAAGAGGUGGGCUUAUUCUGAGUAAUCUAUGAGUGAAUUGAUCUCACCAGAACUCUUAAUGGUUGUAAAGAUAAAGGACAAUCUUUGAUACAGUAAGUCAAAAAGAAUGUUCUUAAGACAAAGGAGCAAUUAUGUAGUCACAAUGUAAAUUUAACCCAAUUAGAAAUGAAAAAUGAACUUUGAGGAAUUUAGUUGAGCCAAAUUCCAAUUAUCCUCUUUUUUUUUAAGAUUCCAAAAACAAACAUGAAGAUAAUAACGAGUCAAUGGAAGAUGGUCAACACACAUUGCACAGCUUCUAAAAGAUUAACACUCAGCUCAUUGGCAGAAAUAAGAACUUAUCCAUAAAUAGCCUUCAUGAUUUGGAAAAAGUUUGAGAACUUUAUCUCUCAUUACAGUCCUUAUCUCUGGAUGAAAGAGGAGCUCUAUCCGUUUUUGACUGCAAUACUGAUUCCAUAUUUAAGCUGUGUCAAUUUGCAGUGUAUUGUCUCUUCCUUAAUUUCUUUCUUUAGGAUGGCGAAGCAAUUUGAGUUUUUUCUGAGGCUAAUAUAUUUUGUAUAUCCAAGCUCUCUUCUUGCCCUUGUUUGAAGAAGUUUCUACGCAAAACCAAUUAAUUUCCCAGCCCGUACUGUCUCAAAAGGUCUUCGGUUCUAGCAAUGAAGCAGGAUGCUGGAUAUUUUUGUAGAUCCUCAUAUCAUAUACCAACAUGGAGGCAAAUGCAAAUACUUUUUGCUAAGCCUUUUAAGUCUUUUGAUAGUACCAGACAUCUUAAACUUAUUGUCUGCUGUUCCUAAAUCUGUAAAUUUUUUGUUUU